AUGAGUGACUCUCAUUACAAGCAACGUGUUGUGAUCCAAUUUUUAGUGAAAUCAGACGAAAAACCCUCGGAAAUCUUUCGAAAAUUGCAAGUGAUGUAUGAAGACAAGCGUAUGUCGAAAACCCGCUUGUUUAAAUGGGCAAAACGGUUCAAAGAGGGGCGAGAAUCAGUAAAAGAUGAUCAACGUGAAGUUGCUCCCGUAACCUCUCGUAUCGACGCAAAUGUCAACCGUUUGCGCACUCUGUUAACUGCUGACCGGCGCCUAAGCAUUCGUGCAUUGUCUGACAAGCUAAAUAUGAAUAAAGAAAUCGUCCGCCAAAUGUUACUUGAGAAUUUGAACAUGCGAAAGGUUUGCGCAAAGACGAUUCCAAAAGUUCUCACCCAUGAACAGAAACAAAUACGAAAAUCGAGGCCCACACUUUAUAGCCCCGAUAUUGCUCCCUGCGACUUAUUCUUAUUCCCUAAAAUGAAGACACACCUCAAAAGAACUCAUCAUGGUGGCAUAGAGGAGGUGAAAGCAGCUGUAACGAAGCUGCGGAACUGGCUAACUUCAGAGGGUUACCAAGAUCUUGUACUUUUCGAAGUUAGGGGACAUGAUAUUUGGCAGUUAGCUACAAUUACAAGGCAAGAGAAGAACGCAUGCAAAACUUCAUUUCUCAACAACGCUGUAAUAAUAAGCUGUACGAAAGAGACUGGCAACGGCUUCAGUUCCGACAAAAAACCUGAAAUGAUCGGCUAUUACAUUAAAUGCAUACAGGACAAGAUGACUGACUAUCUGACAGCGCGCAGCCACCCGUCUUAUAUGCCCGGAGACCUUUUCUGUGGCAUGCCGGCAGUUCUCGGUAGGGACGGUGUACAGUCAUUGGCAGAGAUCCAAAUAUCGACUCCAGACUCCAGCAUCGAGACAGUUGAUUGGGUCUAA